CGUUGACUAUAAUCUGAACAUAUGUAUCCCCGUGUUCUUCUCUCCUUCCUCCCUCAAACUCUGAAAUCUGUAUCUAUUUCGCGAAUCUGAGCUACUCGGUGUGUCACCGUGAGUGAAGGAUCGUAACAAUUGGUAUAUAGAGCCCUCGAUUUUGGGAACCCAUCCACACAUCCAUCACCAAAUUUGUCCAACUUUUUUUCCCAAUGUUGUGAGUAGAGGGUGGUGGCGAUUUGAGUAGUGGAGGUGGUCAGGUUGGGAUCUCCCAUAGAAUUCCUGGUCCCCUUCCUGCUCCAGGCGGUAGAGCGAUGGUCGCAAGUCUCAAGCGGCAUCGGUGGCGGAAUCUGCGACGGCGGUGAAUUAUUCGGCGACGGACUCAAAGCUUGAGUUGGCAUUGCAGAGGCGUGCGGAUCGGUUGCAAAGGAAGCGGGUUCCCUCAGUACUCGCCAAUCCCGGCGGUGGUAGAACUCAUCUUCCACGACGGCGAAAGGACGAGGUCCUCCUACCUUGACGACGAGGAUGGGGACGGCUGAAGAUCAGAUCUGUGAACAAGCUGCCACGAUGGACGAAUUGGAGGCCACUCUUCACUUGGUUCUCUCGGGUCUCACUACUACGGCAGAGGUGGUCAAGCACGCCAGUGCUACAGCAGCACAGACGACCUCGGCGUGUCAAGAACUUCGCAUGACCGCAGAUCGCUUGCUCAAGUCGCAGGACAGUGUGGUGUGGGUGGUCAAUAACAUCGAUGCUCGAGUGGAGGGUAUCGGCGCUCGCUUGACGGCACUGGAGAGCCUGUCGCCGAGUGCAACUCCCAAGCACCACGGCCCCGAUGGGAACCGCGAAGAAGCCGAACACCAGGACACCGCUCCACAGCGUGUCCUGGGCAAUGGUGUACUUGUCUCAGCGCUUCGAGUGAUCACAAAAGCGAGCUUCCCUCAGGACCCCAAUGGGCUAAGGCAAAGCGCAAUCCUGUAUUUCAUGGUUGGCAUGGUGGUCAUGAUCAUCUGCAUAGUGUGCUACAACGUGGCGCGCAGACUCCCGGUCGUGGUGUACUACAAGAACAUCAAGCAGAGGGCUCAGAAGGCAGAGGUGGGUGGUGGCAUGACGGGGCCUGCCUGGAGGUCGACCCUGUGGAGCAUCGUCGGGACAGUGAAGUGGUACGGGAUAGGAGUAGUUCUCAUCUACGCGGUCACCCUGUCCAUAUUUCCGGGGUUCAUCACGGAGGACGUGCACUCGGAGGCGCUCAAGGACUGGUACCCAAUCAUGCUCAUCAGCGCAUACAACGUGUUUGAUCUCAUCGGCAAGUGCCUGCCGGCCAUCUACCUCCUGCAGAACUCCAAUGUUGCGGUUGCCGGUUCGUUCGCGAGGCUCCUGUUCUAUCCUCUCUUCUAUGGCUGCCUGCACGGACCCAGCUACUUCCGCACCGAGAUCCCGGUCACCGUGCUGACGUGCCUUCUCGGGCUCACCAACGGGUACCUGACCUCCGUGCUCAUGAUCCUCGCGCCCAAGGCCGUGCCCAUACACCACUCCGAGACCGCGGGGAUCGUCAUAGUGCUGUUCCUUGUGGUUGGGCUGGUCGUCGGUUCGUUUGUCGCUUGGUUUUGGGUCAUCUGAAUGCAUGGCCAUCUGCCGAUGUAUUUCGUAUCUGUGUACCAUAGCACGAUGUUUCUUGCUGAUGCUUCAUUUUGCCCACCAAAGGGUAUGUAAUUUGUUAGUUUUACAUGCUGUGCAGAUGUAUGUAAAUUUCCAUUUCAUGAAAAGAAUGUCUAUUGUUCAUAUUAAUUCCUCAGCCCUGGAUCU